GGAUCAUAUCACAACGAACAGAGCUUCCUAAUUGGGCCGUUGCCGGCACCAUCUAGAUCCAAGACAUCAGAGUGUUUCGCUCGUUCAUAUCAGACACCUGUCUCCUCCAGCAGUCGGCAGACCACGAUCAGUUGUUCCCCUAUUUUCGGGUUCGAGAGACUGGUCCCCAUAACUUUAGCCACACGCAUUCUAAUAUGGUGUCUGUAAGAUGGGGCGGGCUUGUAGUCCGAGCAUCAUACUUCAUGUCCGUACGGCCAGGAGCACGAGCCGAGGGCGCUGAUUACGCCGGUAACGCGCAGAGUGCGGCUGCGGCGCUCCAAGGCUGGUACAAUCAGGCUGCCGGCCUCUGGGAUACCACAGGCUGGUGGAACAGCGCAAACUGUCUCACGGUUUUGGUCGACUGGGCCUCUCGUGCCGGCUCGAGUACUGGGAUCGAUGUCCCUGCCAUCGUGGCAAACACCUUCAACAACGCCCAGCAUACCAAUAUGGCAGUGCAAAAGACGUUUUCUGCAACCGGCCUAAUCACCUCGACUUACUCACUCCGGCGCACCAAGAAGCGGGGCUUUGACGACUUCAUUAACGAAUAUUAUGACGACGAGGGCUGGUGGGCACUGGCCCUUAUCAGGGCAUGGGACGUGACCAAGGAGACGGCGUAUCUCAACAUGGCCGAGACCAUCUUCCGAGACAUGCAGGCCGGCACCGACACCAAGUGUGGCGGGGGCAUCUGGUGGAGCAAGGAGCGCGCGUACAAGAACGCCAUUGCCAACGAAUUGUACCUCAGCGUAGCGGCCAGUCUGGCCAACCGCGUCCCGGGCAGCAAGGACCGGUAUACACAGAUUGCCAAGGAUCAAUGGAACUGGUUCAAGGGAAGCGGCAUGAUCAACGGGGACCACCUCAUCAACGAUGGCUUGCGGAUCAACGACGACGGGAGCUGUGUCAACAACGGCCUGAACACCUGGUCGUACAACCAGGGCGUUGUACUGGGCGGGCUGGUUGAGCUGUCCAAGGCUACGGGUGACUCGUCGUACCUGGGAGAAGCGGUCGCGAUCGCCAACGCCGCUAUCAAGCUGCUCAGCGAUAGCAACGGUAUCAUUCAUGAGGUUGACGAGUGUGAGCCCAAUUGCGGCAACGACGGCUCGCAGUUCAAGGGCAUCUUCGUACGAAACCUCGGCUACUUGCACCUCGCCGCGCCGCAAGCGGCUUUCAGGGCCGCCAUCGAAAAGAAUGCCGAUUCCAUCUGGGCAAAGAACCGCAACAGCAAAAACCAGCUGGGGAUAUCUUGGGCGGGGCCGCCGGACUUGGGAAGCGGGCCGAAUGCAUCGACGCACAGCUCCGCGAUGGACGUGAUAGUGGCGGCGCUGGCGGUCGCAUAAUAACCAGUCCGGAUUUCGUAAUUUGUAGAUACCUAUAUAGUACGGA